CAGCUCACACGCUUAACUGUCUCAAGAAUACAUUUCUAUAUUUCAAAAAUAAAAAACACAUUUCCAUGUCUUCUACCGAGGACAAAAAUAAGGAUCUGCUAGAUCUUUAUGAUGGCACUGAUGACUUGCUCGACUACGGCGAUUCAUAUGAUCUUGACACCGAGAUUCCAGAUUCUGAAUUUCAGGCAGUCGAAAAUUAUGAUGAAUACAACUUCAGUAUUGAUGAUGAUCUCUCACCCGAUUCUGUCAAGACUACUAUCGCCGCUACUACGGCGUCAACUUCAGAUGUAGCGAAUAUUGCCAACCAAAUGGCCGUACCUGACGGCAGCAACAAUAUCAACCCAUAUGAUACUGCAGAAGGGGAAAAAACCAGGGAUGGUGCUACUGAGACUGAAGUCGAGAUAGAAGGUGCUGUAGAUGCGUCAUCAUCAUCCUCUGCUACAAGUAACAGUAUCGCUAAUACUGAUACUAAUGAUGCACAAGUUAGUAUCCAAAACGGCAAUAUUAACAACAAGGGUAACAGGAGAACCGAUGGAUCCCCGGGAAGUCUUCAGGGCCAAAGCAAUCAAUCCAAGGCUGAUUCAACCAUAAGCAGAGAUAGUGCCAAACAAUUCAGUAGCAGUCCCUACUGCAAUACAUCGCACUCGAGCGCAUCGACGCGGGGAGGAUUUGGACGAGGAGGACAUGUAAAUAUGCGUGGCCGUGGAAACUUUAUGGGGGUUGGACGCGGCAACUACCAAGGCGGCGGUGGUAUGGGACAUCAGUCUAUGAUGGGCAUGAACAUGCCCAUGAAUGGUAUAGCCCUCAACCAAGCUAUGGCUCAAGGCAUGAACCUGAAUAUGGGAAUGAAUAUGGGGAUGAAUAUGGGGAUGAACAUGAAUAUGCAUAUGAUGGGAUUGGGCAUGAAUGGUCCUCGUUUCUCUGGUGGUUUUGGCAACCAAGGGAUGAUGCAUCCUUUUGGUACCGGGCAGAAUAUGGGUAGUAUGAAUGCACGACCUGGCAUGACUGUUCCUGGCAGGACGAUCCACAUUAAUCCGAACUUUCAGAACCGUGUGGGGAUUCCUGGAGUCCCAGGCAUGGGUAUGGGUUUAAGUGGCGUCGGAAAUGGAGGCAUUGUAGCAAGAGAUCGCUCCCAACAGCCGCAAAUACAUAAGCAAUCUCAGAAUCUGCGAUCCCAUUAUGACGAGUCUAGUAAAGGGCAGUUGCGAUCAUGGGAAAACAAAUCCCUCACUACAUCUGAUUCAACGGUCCGUUCAGGAUCGCGCGAUAGACGUGAUAAUGAUCGACAUGAUGGCAAUCAAGGACGUUCCGACGAACAUCGAGGAAGUUGCGAUCAACCGAGUAGCUCAACUUCGGGAGGGGGAUUAGGACGUCGAGAUUACGAAAGCCGAGGCAUCAGCGACUCACAUAGUCCUUCAGAACAAGAAAGAGGAAAGGAAGGUGGAUCUUUUGGCAAUCGCUCCAAUCAUCUGGAGCCACGUAAGGAUUUGUUUGCCCAAUCACAACUAAAUACACGAACAAGAAGUCGAUCGCCCCAGUCUGUUCAAUCUGGAGGAGGUCAUAGUUCUAUCAACAGUAGAUUGGGCUUGAAGCGCUCAGGUGAAAAUUUGAACGAUGCGUACAAGGCUCAUAAAUCUAGCGGAGGGAGCACGCCUCGCAGCGAGCAGAGUCGGUCAGGAGCCUUUACUGAAAAGGAAGCAGGAUCUGUAUCGUUCUUGCGAGAUAAGAAAGGACCGUCGGAUUCAUCACGGGAAUCAGAUAUAGAAGCAAAUGGUGCACAGGGAGACAGUGUUCCCAGAGGAUUUGUCAAGAUGGAGAAUGUGCCUGAGUCAUUUUCAGAUGACUCGAUUCGGAGGCUAGCCAGCGACGUUCCCGGGGUCCGCCGCGUUUUGAGCAUUGCUAAGAAAACCGACCGUACUGUGACCCUCGGGUUUGGCUCGAUGGAUGAAGCAAAAUUUUUCCGUAGACAGAUUAAUAGGUUUGAUAUGUUAAUUGAGAUGAUUGCUGCUUUAAUGUACAAAUAUAGUCAAUAUCCAGGAAACGCUCCCAUUCAAAACACUUACUUUUUUCUAUAUCGUUCGCUUUAUCUCUAUCACUUUCUAGGACAACAAUUGAAGGCUCCUUGGUCACAGUGACCUUGGCUAGUGCGUAAAUAACAUGACAUUCGAAUCCGACCCGAAGAGCAAUUUUUUUUUCUUUCUCUUUAUUCUCAUUCGGAUAUCUAUUUUGUAUAUCUUUGCUAUUCUCGUUUAAUCCUGCGCAUGUUUGAAUUGUAUUAUAUUCAUUUCUUUAUAAUUUUUUCCCCCUUUCGGUGCAUGCAUUUUGUCAUUUGAUGAGACUAUCAACAUCAGUGGAUUGAACUCAAGGGGAGGGAUCUAUAAAGUUAAUAAUGAAGAACCAUGUAUUCUACUAAUGGGCCAUUCCAGAGCAGGUGUAGGGAUCUAAAGAAUGAAUAUACUGAGUAUUGUGCUCAACCUGUACCUUAAUGUAAAAUAGAAAAAUAAAGAUGG